GGUGCAAAGAGAUCAUGAAGUGAUGAAUGGGUUUUAUGAAUGCAUGCAAAGAUUGGUCCUGGAUGUCACUGUUCAAGAUUUGAUUACUAAUGAGAUGAGUAUUUAUAUGAAGGCUGAGAGUCUUUUUGGCAAGUCUGUUGCGAUUAGGCAAAGAAAUACAAGAGCACCAGCUGAUUGGUGGGCAUCAUAUGGUUCUUAUACUCCAAACUUGCAAACUUUUGCCAUAAAAGUCCUUAGCCUAACAUGUAGUUCAUCGAGUUGUGAACGAAAUUGGAGUGUAUUCGAACAUCUUCAUAGCAAGAAAAGAAAUAUAUUGGAACAACAACGUCUCAAUGAUUUAGUGUAUGUCAAAUACAAUAGAACAUUGAGAUUUAGGUAUGACAUGCGCAACACUCCUGAUCUCAUAUCUUUGCAAAAUAUUGAUGAAAGCAAUGAGUGGUUGCUUGGGAGGAUGGAUGGAGAAUCAGAUGAAGAUAAUGAGCCUGUGUUUGAUGAUGAUGAUGGCUUGACGUGGGCCACUGUUGCUAGAGCUUCUGGAGUAGAAGAAAGUAGCCAUGCAAGUAGAGCAACAAGUUCACGCUCAAAGGCACAACCGAGGAUAUCUAAAUCAUCAACAUUGACUCCACUUCAAUUAAUAGAUGAAGAGGAAGCGGGCUCAGAGAGGAGGAAGGUGUUGAGGGAUACAAAUCAACUGAUGGAGAAGAAGAUGAUAGUUUGUUUGCCAUUGAUGUUGAGGAUGAUGAUUGACUAA